CCUCCGCGGGCACCGCUGCUGAGCGGACUGCUGCAGAUGUGGAUCGCCUCCAUGAGAUGAAAAGAUCUCUGGCAGACACUCCAUGAUGUCCUGUGCUGUCCCAGGUCCAGAGCCACGUGCCAAGCCCAUGGAAUGAAACCUGCCAAAGAGAUGGAUGAGACUGUUGCUGAAUUUAUCAGGAGGACCAUCUUGAAAAUCCCCAUGAAUGAAAUGAUGACAAUCCUAAAAGUCUGGGAUUUUUUAUCUGAAAACCAACUUCAGACCAUAAACUUCCGGCAGAGAAAGGAAUGUCUGGUUCAGGACUUGGUUGGGCUGUGUGAGGAGAAGUGUGCAAGUAUAGACGAUGCAGCCCUUCUAGACAUCAUUUAUACUCAAGUACAUCGGCACCAAAAAGUUUGGGAUGUUUUUCAGAUGAGUAAAGCACCAGAUGAAGAUGUUGACCUUUUUGACAUGGAACAAUUCAAACGUUCUUUUAAGAAAAUUCUUCAGAGAGCAUUAAAAAAUGUGACAAUCAGCUUCAGAGAUGCUGAGGAGAAUGCAAUCUGGAUCCGAGUUGCCUGGGGAACACAGUGUACAAAGCCAAACCAAUACAAACCUACAUAUGUGGUGCAUUACCCCCAGACUCCCUACGCCUUCACCUCCUCCUCCAAGCUGAAGAGCAUUAUGCCCCUUCUGGGUCAGGCACUGACAGUUGCUAGCAAACACCAUCAGAUUGUGAAAAUGGAUCUGAGAAGCCGACAUCUGGACUCUCUCAAGGCUAUUGUUUUUAAACAGUAUGAUCAGACCUUUGAAAAUCACAACUCUACAACACCUCUACAGGAAAGAUGCCUGGGACUAGAUGUAAAUAUGGAUUCAAGGAUCAUUCAUGAAAACAAGGUAGAAAACGAGAGAGUCCAAAGAAUAACUCAAGAAUCUUUUGGAGACUAUCCUCAACCACAACUAGAAUUUGCACAAUAUAAGCUUGAAACGAAGUUCAAAAGUGACUUAAAUGGGGGCAUCUUGGCUGAGAGGAAAGAACCCCUCCGGUGCCUAAUAAAAUUCUCUAGCCCACAUCUUUUGGAAGCAUUGAAAUCCUUAGCACCAGCUGGUAUUGCAGAUGCACCACUUUCUCCACUGCUCACUUGCAUACCAAACAAGGGGAUGAAUUAUUUUAAAAUCAGAGACAAAUAAGCUGUAUAAGGUUUUGUAAACCCAGGGGCUCCUUGGUGAUGCUGUACAAGCAUUCCAGUUAAUGGCUAGAUGGACAGCCUCUGGCAGUAAUCUUUACUUUAGAAAUUAAUCCUUAGUAUUGACAAUGUAGAAGUGUUUCUAUAAUUUUGGGACUGAUUCUUUCCUUCUUGUGCCUCCUCUCCCACUUUUCCUGCUAAAUAUAGCAGUUGUGGGCAUUUGAGAGGUCACAGGAUAUGUAUUGGGCUCUGGAUUGACCUUGAUAGCACAGAAUGCUCUGAAGCCAAGCAUAUGGCACUGUGGUUGAUCCUGUUGGCCUCAUAUAUAGUGCCCUUUUCCCYACUCCUGCCUCUAUUCAAUCCUAGGAAGGACUAGUUCCUAUUGUUCCUUUCUAGGGAUCUUCUGUUAAGCCUUGAUCACUUAAAAGGAACUAUAUCCAACUCGGAACUUCUAGAAGAAUCAUAAAAUUAGUCCAUUCAGAGAAUAGAAUUGGGUCUACUAAUUGUUA